AUGGCGGCCUUCAUAAGAGUGUGUUUUACUUCCUUAAUAUUUUUCUUGCCACUUUUAUCUUGUGUACUCUCAAAAGGACACCGAGCGCUCGAAAUUCAUUUCAAUCCGAACUGUACUCGUCAUGAAUGUGAUAAAGGAGUUAACGGGAGCUUCGCCAAUCUGGUGUAUGUCCGUGCCAAGGGCUCGUCUGACUAUCUGCACUACAUGUUCAGCACAGUGGGCGUGCCAGCCGUGAUCAUCGCCCGGACGAAGCCUGAUCCUACCAUCACACUCCGCGUCAACUGGGACAAACUUCUCGCCAAAAAUGGCAACAUCUCAAAUGCACUGACAUUAACCGGAGACCCCCAUAAAAUUUUGAAUUCAUUUGGAACUGUUUUCACAAAGCUCCUGGAGUACAAUGACACUGACGACACUGCUGAUCUGAGCAGCUAUCCCCUGUGGAACAGCACCGACCGAAACAACCGGCCGUUCACGGAGUUCAAGUGGAACAAGGUCCAGAAGCUCAACGAGACUGUCAUUGGUUUUGUGUUCAAGUCAACCGUCUGGCAGAACAAAACACUGACGGAAUCCGAGUACUCUGAUGAGGCGAAGAAUAGGACGGCUUCUUUGUCCUUCACUUUUCGCCUAUUUGUGAAAGACGACCGCGAAUCUCAGCUGCCCCACCUGGAGUUUUCCGAGAACAGCACACAGUUUGACUUGACAAUCGACAACAUGAAGCCAUGUUGUACACGGUCGCGGUUCGCCCUCGAGGUGGCCAUGCUUACUGACCCUCUCGACAAGGCUGGUUUCAAAAUGGAGGAAACAAAAUCAAUUGAUGAUGAAUACUCCCCGGGAGUCUUCAGAAUGGUCUCCGUGAGAAUGAGUCCCAGCGACCAGGCGAAGGGUGGCUUUCUACAAUGGAAGCCCGUCUGUUACCAAAAGCAUACCCGGUCUCGUAAUGUGGCCACCAGUGUUAAGAAGUACCAGCUAGGUGACACGCACAACGUCACGGAGCUGCUCAAGGAAAGUAUAGCACAUGCUUUCUACGGCAGUCAGCUAUUUUUGAAAGGAGUGGAAAGGCAUGCGCUGAAUAUUUCAUUCGGUUUCGCCAAUGAUGGGUUUUACACGAAAACAAACUACUCGAGUUGGUCUGCCACUCUAGGUUUUGGAGAGCCUCCUGCUGACAAGAUCUCUCUCCUCGUCAUCGGGGUCAUCUCGGCCGGUCUCGGUAUCCCAGUGAUCCUCAUCAUAUUUGGCGGACUCUUCGUGUUCAUUAGAAAACAACGCAGUAAGCAGUACAAGCCACUGCAGGACGUCUCCUCAAGUUAUCCAGCGGGAGCUGGUAAAGAAGAGAAAAGAUGAUUGCUGUCUGUCGUUAUUACUGGCUAAGUGAUUUAAACCUUUAUUUAUUAUCCUCCUGAUAUUUUGCCUGAAGGUGUAUGUCAAUCAGUAUAAGAUUGUAUAGAAAAAGGACCUAAAAGAUUUUCACACUUUGAAAAUUAAAAAUAAAUAAAAUUAAUUCUGAUGUGCACAUGAAAUAAAAGUUAAUUAAAGGCCAGAUUACAUAGCAGUUGAGCCUUGACCUACUAAAGGCAGAGUCAUAUGGAUUACUUGACUUGAAAUGUAGACUUUAUAUUCGUCCUCCACUAACAUACUCCUACCAUAUGCGGUUUUACUGAUCUUUUGAACAGUAUUAUUGUUUGAUUUAUUGAUACAUUAUGCACCCAUAAUGUUUUUUUCAUGUAUAAUUAAAUAGCUGGUAAUUAAAAAACAAUCAAUGUGCUCUAGUGGUGUUGUUAAAGAAACCAAACGUUUUUCUUUGUAUAACCUGACCUCUGACCUCUGACCUAUGGCACUAAUCCCCUAGUCCCAUGGACCAACCCUUGCAGUUAAGAAAAUGUCCGUGGCAAAAAAUAUGCUGUGGAAAAUGUUAUUGAAUAUAGUCCACAGCAAAGAAAGUGCUAUGGAGAAGUAAAAUCACCAUGACAGUCUUCUCAGCAUUGCCGACUGGCAUAGGCAUUUGCAAAGGUUGUGUGGACUCGGGUCAAUCAAAUGGCUGAAAUCGUGAAAUGAGUUAUGGUCAUGUGAUCGCUACGCCAUUCUUUCUCCUUCACUUUCACGGUCUGGACAUCUUUUUAUUUCACUCCUGCCAUGUACAUGUAGAAAGCCAAUUGACCUGUGGCUCUGCCGUUAAUAAACAUAUCUGUAAUAAGUGGUGCGAAUAGUCGUGCCAACUUGUCGCAUGCAAUUUAUUGGCCCUACAAAAAUCGGAACAUACUUAUAAGACUAAAGUCGUUCUGAUUUAGGUGUUCUCACAGUGCGAUUCGAUUGCAUGCGACAAGUCGGUACCACUAAUCACAAAAUGAGAACGCCCCAUAAGAUAAGGUAAGAUACACUUUAUUGCAUAUAAAAAUUCCACAUUUGGAACUGGAUGCAAAACAUGUAAUAUUUGUACAAGCAUGGCACAGACAGACAGGAUACCAAACUGGUUAUUGGUUAAUACAUGUAUAAUCAUAAACAAGUUUACACACUGCACCUUCACAAGUAGGAUCAUAGUUUUGCAUAAUAAAUGGUUUUGACUUUUUAGAAAUAAUAAUUAUGUACAGCAAUUAAGUCUAGAUUUGAAAAGUGGUUCAAUCACAGCUGCUGGGUUUCACCUAAUAUUUGUAAUAGCACACUUUCGUUUUUUUUAAAACGUGAGCAUGGAAAAUUAUGUUCCACGAAAUGUAGAGUAGCAGAAAUUACUCUCUUUGAUGUUAGCAUUCAAGGGGAAGGGCAUUAUAUUUUGUACCCCCAGGUUCAAAUUGUGUUCAUGUACUAAUGCUAUCAUGCUUAAAAGACAAUCUUAAUAGCAUCAUACCAUCACCAAGAAUACUGCCUUAUUUUCUUGAAUACUCAAACUAGAUCAUUAUUGUUGUUAAAUGAUUCUACCCAGUGUGUGUAAUUGCAUGUAAGUGUGAGUUUCUUUUAAGCAAUAUUUAUUCCAUCUUUAAAAUAUAUAUAUAUUUAUAUAUAUUUAGAUUUUUUCCUCUUUUUUUUUUCUUUCUUCUUUUGUUGUGGUCGACAGGAUGACAAUUAUUUAAGGUAGUGUCCUACACAUUUUAAUUACAAAGUCUGAAUUUAAGUUGUUAAAUAUGAAAUGAUGUUUAAAUGACAGUGUCCUUGGUAUUACUAUUAAAGGCACAUUUAUGCUAAUACUGCAGUACAUAAGGCAUGUAUUUUUUUGUAUAAAAUUAUUUUUUGGUUGUCAAAAUUUUGUCCUUGUGAAAUUCUGUAUUGCUUGUCUUUCUUGAAUAUUUUUGUUUUGCACAUGUCAAGUAUGUCAAGUAUUUCUUAUAAAUUUGAGAGAGAGAUAGAGAUAGAGAUAGAGAGAGGCAGGCAGGCAGGCAGGCAGGCAGGCAGACACAGACAGACAGACAGACAGAGAGAGACAGGCAGACGGCUAGAGAGAGACAGACGGCUAGAGAGAGACAGACAGACAGACAGCGAGAGAGAGACAGGGGGAACCCCACUAAGACAACCAACCUAGAAGACUUCAUUUUACAUAUCUUGCACUGGAAGGUCACUUUAAUAGCUUGUUCGUUGAAUGUUCAAUGUGUGUGCUAGGUCAAAGGUAAUUUAAAUGUAAAUAUGUAUUAAUUCAAAUGUUAAACAUGCAUGUACAUAAAUAAUAUAUUUGUAAAUAAUUAUUCAAUGCAAAGCAUACAGGUAUAUACUGAUAGAAAGAAAUAAGGGAGCAGAUGAUAUCUAAGAUCAAAUUUAAUUCACUAUUAAAGUAGUUAUGCCUGUAUACAAUACAGGUGUGUAAUGUGGCAUUGAAUGUCAGUACUGUGGGUAUGUCUACCAGUAACACAGUUAACUUCCUGAUACACUGGGCGGUGUCUUUGAUUACAGUCAAUAUUAUCUGGUACUAUUUGUGUGUCCUUUUAUUUAUUUCCAUCAGUAAGUAUACAGUUACUGUAUGUGUUUUGUGUAUGUCAUUUUGAAGAUACAUCUGUUAAUAUUUAAUGAAUAAAAUCAGUUGUGAAG